GUUGAUUGUCCCCCGAACCUUCCGCAGGCUUCUUUGGUCCAAUCCCCAGAAGUCGAUGCUUCUUCCACUUCCAUCCAUCGCACGACCAUCCUUUCCUCUUUCCUACAAGGCCAUUCCUGGCACACCCCAGAAUCUGCAUCUCCCGUCGUUGGUUCCCUGUCAAGUCUCCCGUAUUCGAAGAAUUUCCACACGAGAAAGUUCCGUGGCGGCCUCAGCGGCCUACCACUCAUCCAAUUACCGUCCUUGUGGUCCUGGUCCCUCCCCGACAAAAUUCAGAGGAUCGUUCCACCCUCUCGUCUCGCAUGCUGUCAUAACACGCAUCGCUCGCCCCAUCCAUCUCUUGGAUCUUACAGUUGAAUCCAUCUGACGAAGGGAACACUUCGAUCCAGACCAUUUGGCACUUCAGCUCCAACAAGACUCUCAUUGCCUGUUCCUCCCAACGUCGAGCAUCUUUGCUACCCUUCUAUGCCCCUGCUAUUGAAGCAUUGCCGGCCAUAGUCUUUCUUCUACAUACUCGCCAUCAUGCCCGGCAUCCUGCCGAUGAAGAUGAUCAGGGUGGGGAGCAGUGCGCAGAGUAGGAUAGCGCAGGCGUGCGACAGGUGCAGAAGUAAGAAAAUCAGAUGUGACGGUGUUCGACCAACCUGUACGCAAUGCUCCAAUGUCGGAUUUGAAUGCAAGACCAGCGACAAAUUGAGCCGAAGAGCAUUUCCAAGAGGUUACACAGAGUCCCUGGAAGACCGUGUUCGAGGACUCGAAGCCGAAGUGCGGGAGCUAAAAGCCCUGCUCGACGAGAAGGACGAGAAGAUUGACAUGUUGUCUCGCAUACACAGUUUCUCUCCACAAUCGCGGAAGUGCUCGGCGUCUUUAUCACCGUCGCAUGCCGCCGACGUGAAGGCCGAGGUCGCAUCCGACAGGGAGGAAGUAUUGCACGUCGAGAUACCCGCGCCAGUGCAUUCCAAGGCCACGUCGACAGGCUCAUCAACCACAGCGUCGUUCAUGGAAGCCUUUGAUCAGAAGGUUCAAGAAGCUGGUCGACAGACUACCGGAGUCUCUUCUUCGGACCUUCAAAAUGUCAUUCAGCCAACACGACAAGGUCUCAGUACUGGACCCAAGGUCCCUCCGAGAAUACUCUCGGAUCAAUUUAUCAAUCUAUUUUUCCAGGAAUGGCAGCCACUCUUGCCAGUGCUUCACAGGCCUACCUUCCUUCGCGUAUACGAGCAAUAUGUCUCCAAUCCAGACUCCGGCAACUGGCAGAGCAACAAGCAAUCUCUGGCUCAAUUGUACCUGAUCUUUGAGAUUUCUGCUUUGUCCAACAUCACCACUUCGAAGAAGGAUGCCCCAUCCUUCGAGGGUCAAUGGCGAAGAGCUUUGUAUUCGACAUCUUCCACUGCCAGUCUUUCUACCCUUCAAUGUCACGUACUGGCUCAGAUCUGCUACCUUUUGCGAGCUGAUGCUACCCAUCUGCUCCGCCACAGAGGUAUUGCAGUCACAAUGUGCCAUGAGCUCGGUCUCCACCAAGGUCACAAAUACCACAGUUUGUCGACAUUGGAAGCUGAGACCCGCAAAAAGGUCUUCUGGUGUCAAUACGUCCUUGAUAAGUUCACUUCGGCCACCACUGGAACUCCUAUGCUUCUGAGAGACGACGAUAUUUCAGCUGAACUCCCGGCUGAAGUGGACGAUGAGAAUCUGACUUCCCAAGGAUUCUCGCCCACCCUACCUGGCGAAAUCACCAAGAUCUCGAGCGCCCUCGCACUGUUCCGUGUCAGCAAAAUCUUGUCCAAAGCAUUGGACAAUUUAUACCCUGCCAAAGCUACUUAUCAAUUGUCCUUGAACAAAUUGCACGCACUUUCCGAUGAACUCGAUCAAUGGUCAGAAGAGCUGCCUGAGCAUCUUCGCCUGCGGUUCAUGAACGACAAACCAGCUACACAUUUGAUCAGUGACAGGUCGCCGUUGCUAUCCAUCGCCUAUUUCUACACGCGCAGUCUGAUCCACAGGCCGUUGCUUUGCCACAGCUCCGGAAGUGCUGCUUCCGCUGCCAACAUCGUGCUUGCCGCAGCCGGCAAGCACAUCUUCCAGAUUAUUGAUUUGUUGCUGGAGCGCCGCAUGAACUACACUUUCCCCCUGAACAAGACUGACCUUCUUCUGACCUCUGGACUUGCGAUCCUCUGGCAGUCCCUCGAUUUGGAGGAGGACAGCAAAGUUGUCAAGGACAAUCAGAAAUCAUUGAGUGGUCUCAUUACUAUGAUACAAAAAGAAAGUCCACUUGUGGCGUCAGAGUUCCAGAAGAUGGCUGGGUCUUAUGUCACUAUGGAAGCACGACCCGCAUUGUCACCCAAGAGCUCGGAUAUGGGUACAAUCCAACGGACGCAUCCUGCGACGGCGGUGGUGUCAGAUUCCAAAUCCAAGUCUACCCGAAAACAACUGCAAGCAAUCGCCUCGAAAUGGUCAAACUUCGGCAACAAGGUCGCCGCCGAGGACAUUGCACGUCGUGCGACUGUGCCUCAGGCGACACCUGUUGCUCCUAUGCAACCACAUCGUGCUAAUAGUACAACAAGUCUGUCGUCAACGCGAUCGGCGCCGGUCAUGCCGAUGACGACCGCUUCACCGAACCAAUUGACUACUUGCAGGACUAUCGACACUCCGACCAUUAAUCUGGAUUAUAUGCCUCUCGGUGACGACUUUGGUGAUUUUCAGACACGGACUUCUUCCAGCACCAUGUUGCCGCCCAAGAAGCAUGCGACACCCACUGUGGCGGACUCUAACUGGGACCACCUUCUCAAUAACUUUGACAACAAUUCAGCACUGUAUUCCGACAUGACUGUGACCAAUGGACUCUACCAGAUUCCAAGCAAUGAAUGGACUGGAGACCUUUGGAACCUCUCAGGCAUGGAAUUCGCGUCAAAAGCGCCAGUUCCGCAAAGCUUGUUGAGUUUCUCUGAGGAAUCUCUUACAAGUGGUGACGACUUCUUCUUGAGCGCUCCUCCAAGCCACAAUGGAUCAGCCGCUACGGGUGAAGGUUUCGACAUGGCAGAGGCGUAUCGAGGUAUUACCAUUCCAGUGGAUGAUGAAUUUGAUGUACAUGCAAUUGAAGCUUGAUUUUUUUUUUGAUGUUGUUGAAGAUCAAUCUGUUUGUGGUUGUUGGAAUACUUUGCGCAAAGGGAGCUCCGGGCAGUCGCCUGGAGGGCGGAAUGAAGGUUAAGACGAGAUACCCCCAGGUGUUGAAAAGGAGUCGUGGCCGAAAAAAUAUCUUGUACAUGAUCUACUUAUGACAUUGAUACCAGGCUGAGGAAAAGGCCACGUUUGGGAGACGGAUGAUUUACGAGUGGUUGAGACUUAUUGUGAGUUUCUCAGGGAGCAGUUGUAUGAGAUUUGGAUGACGGUACGAAGGUAUUUGGGUUGUUUUCUGCAGAUAGUCUGCCAUUUAGGCGUUGAAAUUCGUGUUUCUUGACGAUCGGGCAUUCCUUAUUUGAUUACUACCUAGCAUGAAGUUCCAGUGCAUCAAGCU